GUUCUUCACGCUGAGGACAAGGUUUUUCACGCUGAGGACAAUGUUCCUCACACUGAGGACAAGGUUCUUCACUCUGAGGACAAGGUUCUUCACUACGAGGACAAGGUUCUUCACUCUGAGGACAAGGUUUUCCACGCUGAGGACAAGGUUCUUCACCCUGAGGACAACUUCUUAACACUGAGGACAAGGUUAUUCACUCUGAGGACAAGGUUCUUCACUCCGAGGACAAGGUUCUUCACUCUGAGGACAAGGUUCCUCACACUGAGGACCAGGUUCUUCAAUCUGAGAACAAGGUUUCUCACACUGUGGACAAGGUUCCUAACUUUGAUGACAAGGUUAUUUAAACUCUGAGGACAUUUUCCUUCACUCUGAGGACAAGGAUGUUUACUCUGAGGACAAGGUUCUUCACGCUGAGGACAAGGUUUCUCACACAGUGGACAAGGUUUCUCACUUUGAGGACAAGGUUCUUCACUCUGAGGACAAGGUUCUUCACUCUGAGGACAAGGUUCUUCACUCUGAGGUCUAGGUUCUUCAAUCUGAGGACAAGAUUUCUCACACUGUGGACAAGGUUCCUCACUUUGAGGUCAAAGUUCAUCACUCUGAAAACAAGGUUCUUCACUCUGAGGACAAG